AUGACGAUACAAUUCUCGAUCCCAACCCUGGACCUCGACUACUGUCUAAGUCAACUACUUGAUCAAAAGCCGCCAAAGAUUUUACCUGAGGAAAUCAUUCAGCAGCUAUGUCAUCAACUAAAAGCCCAACUCUUGGAAGUACCUAAUAUAAUGGCUUUGACAUCGCCGUGCACUUUAGUAGGUGAUAUUCAUGGUCAAUUUCAUGAUUUGUUAGAAAUAUUCAGAGUUGGCGGCUCUCCUCCAGAUACGAACUACUUGUUCUUAGGUGAUUACGUCGACAGAGGUUACUACUCGGUCGAAACAAUCUCACUCCUAAUCGCUCUAAAGCUUAGGUAUCCUGAGAGGGUGUUCCUCAUCAGGGGAAAUCAUGAAUCAAGAACGAUCACCACGAACUAUGGCUUUUACACUGAGGUGUUGAAUAAGUAUAAUGGCUCGUUGAAAGUUUGGCAAUAUAUCACUGAUUUGUUCGACUACAUUCCCUUGGGAGCCACGAUAGACGGGAAAAUAUUUGCAACUCACGGAGGGCUCUCUCCAUCGUGCCAACUUCUUGAUCAAAUAAGAGCUAUAGACAGGUUCAAGGAGGUACCUCACGACGGAAUCAUGGCUGACCUAGUUUGGUCAGACCCUGAUCCUGAAAUCGCAGACUUCAAGUUGUCACCGCGUGGCGCAGGCUACCUAUUUGGUUAUGAUGUAAUGAGGAAAUUCAAUCAUGAUAAUGAUUUGCAGCAAUUAGUAAGGGCACACCAGCUUUGUAACGAGGGUUUUGUGAGCUACUGGCAGGGGAUGUGCCUCACAAUAUGGUCCGCUCCAAACUACUGCUACAGGUGUGGCAAUCGGGCCAGCGUGUUAGAGAUCUCACAUUCCUCUUACGAAGCCCGCAAAAACAACUCGCAAGGGGUUUUGCCCGGACAAUAUUGCAAUGUCUUCGAGGCUUCUCCCGAAAACGAUGAGGAUACUUUUCAGGGGCGCGGUGUUAAUGGCAUAAAUCCAGAUAAUUUGCACUCAAGUAAAGACAGCUUCAGUGCUUACUUUGAUGGCCGUGCACGUACUCAGCAGGUUGAGUAUUUUCUCUAG